AUGACUACUUCUUCCAAUCGAGACCAUUUCUUUCAGACAUCCGCUUCCCUGGAUGAGCAGGAGCGGAAAGAUGCGAAGUCUCAGAAUGACUACGGCAAUCCCAUUCGCCUACAGGGAAAGAUACUAGCAGUUCAUUCAGACCCUUUGAACAAUGGCUCAAUUUAUGUGGCACAAAGUAAUGGCUCUGUGAGAAGGAUCUUUCUUUCUACAGGAGAAACCGCCAAGAUGUUUACAGGGCCGAUGGCUCCUGUAACAAGUCUUUGUGUGAGCCCUGAUGGAAAGCUAUUGUUUGCCGGAUGCUGGGACAAGGCUAUCUGGAGCUGGGAUACAGCCUCAGGCCAAGCCCGCCAGAAGUACGAAGGCCAUGCUGACUUUGUCCGCUCUAUUACCAGUGCCAGACUGCGUGGGGAGGAUCUUCUUAUCACCGGUGGUGCUGACGCAAAAGUUCUGGUCUUUAAGAUCGCCACUGGCGAGCGCAUUGAGACCUUCAAAGGCCACGCCCGAGGCAUCCAAGACCUUGCCGUUGACCCUGAAUCAGAAGACGCUCAACCCAUUGUGUUCAGUGCGGGCAGCGACCGGGAGAUUCGUCAAUUCAGCAUCUUUGACAGCAGCAAUAUCCCUGAUCCUCUACUUCCUCAUGAAACCAGCGUCUACAAGCUCUUUUUUGACAACGAUGGUGACCUUUGGACUGCUUCGGCCGAUAAGACUGCCAAAUGUCUGGUUCGUCAGGAUGGAUGGAAAGCUAAUAUGACCCUGGAGCAUCCCGAUUUCGUGCGGGACGUUGUCAUUCAUGAAAACGGAGGCUGGGUCGUGACCGCGUGUCGUGACGAAGAGGUUCGAGUGUGGAGCCGAUCGACUGGCGAGCUCUAUCAUACUUUCUCUGGUCAUUUCGAAGAAGUUACUGGUCUCGUUCUGGUUGGAUCAACCGUUGUCAGCGUGAGUAUCGAUGCGACUAUCCGCCAAUGGUCUCUUCGACCUGAUGAGCUUCAUCGGGCCGUUGAGCUGGCAAGGAAGCCGGUAGUUGACAAGGAGGAAUCGAAAGCGGAAUCUAUGCUCACUGAGGAAGAAGAACGGGAGUUGGCCGAACUUAUGGAUGAUUAG